AUGUUAAAGUUAAAUGAAAUCAAAACCAAUUUCCAAAAAGAAAGACAAAUCGGAAUCUCAUCAAUCUUAAAAUCGACGAUCCUAACCCAAAAAGUUUUCAAAACCCUAAUUCAAAAAGACCAAAUCAUAACCAAACAAGACAAAAGUCCAGUCACAAUUGGAGAUUAUGGUUCACAAGCAUUAAUUAAUUUAUUAAUUUCAAAACAUUUUCCGAAUGAUAAGAUCAUAGGAGAAGAAGAAAUCCAAGACCUACAAACCACAUCAAAUUCUCCAACCUUGAAUCAAAUCGAAAGAUUAAUCAAUGAAACAUUAACUACCAAACUAGAAUCAGAAACCGAUGAAGAAGUAUGGAAGAACAGUAGGAUACCCAAAAGUUUAAACCAAUCUGAGAUUUUAGAAACCAUUAAUUUGGGUAAUUCUAAAGAAGAAAAUGAAGAUGAAGGGAAUGGAGAAAGGUUUUGGACUUUAGAUCCUAUUGAUGGUACUAAAGGAUUCUUAAGAUCAGACCAAUACUCGAUCUGUUUAUCACUAAUCAUCAAUAAAAAAGUGACUCUAAGUUUCAUAAGUGCCCCGAACCUAUCUACCGAUCCAUACCCAUCUUCAUCCAACCCAUCCUCAAAGAUCGGAACAUUAUUCUAUGCAGAACAUGGAAAAGGAGCCUACCAAAGACCUAUCAAUACGAACGACUCAUCAAUCUAUAGUCCAAUCCGAACCAAUCCAAUUAGUUUUAAUGGAUUUCAAACUAGUGGAACGUUUUGUGAAUCAUGGGAAUCAAAUCAUUCGAAUCAAAUCUUAAAUUCAAAGAUCUUAGCCCAUUUAAAGCUAUCUAAUCCUACACCGAUCAGAUUAGAUUCUCAAGUUAAAUAUUGUUUGAUUGCAAGAGGUGAUGUGAAUGUUUAUUUAAGAUUACCAAUCGAUUUAAACUACAAAGAAAAGAUUUGGGAUCAUGCUGCAGGUAGUUUGUUGGUAGAAGAAGCAGGUGGUAAAGUCACUGAUAUGUGGGGAAAACCUUUAGAUUUCUCACUAGGUAAAACUUUAAUUCAAAACGAAGGAAUCGUCGCUUCUCAUCCUAAUUUACAUCAAUCUCUUUUAGAUGCCAUUAAAUCUGUUUCAAAACUUUGA